GAAGUCCAUCGCCAUGGCGCGAGUUUUGAGCAUGCCGAUCCCCAUGCCGCAGUACUAUGGCCAAAAGAGCCAGCCGAACAUGCUGUUUCCGCUCAACCCCAGCCUCGAGGACGAGCUCAACAGGCUCUUCGUCGACUUCCGCGUCAGCCACGCGCCCGUCGCAUUUGCGACUGAUGACGUCUGGGAAGAGUUCAAGCACAACGGUCGUGAUUACGAAUAUUGUCCAGAUCCAGAUGAAGUGAUCGUACCGGCUCAACCCAGUAAGAAGAAGAAUAAGAAGCCACUUCCGAAUGAGUGCGUAUUCUGCAAAAAUAAUGGGGAAGAUAUUAAGAUUUAUAAGAAGCACUUGUUGAAAGAUGCCGAUGGCAAGAUUCUUUGUCCUAUCUUAAGGAACUACACGUGUCCUAUUUGUGGUGCUAAUGGGGAUGCUGCUCACACGAUAAAGUAUUGCCCAGCAAACAAGCAGACACAUUCGUUGGCAUCGAUGAACACAUUGAAGACUUUAAGGAACUCGACUGGCCGACGUCGUUCAAAGUAAAUCAUGUAAGUUACCAUAGAUUCUGGAUGCACCAUAAAAUGUAAGAUAUAGGUGUAUCCAAAAAAAGUAGAAACAGGUUAACUGUCCGCCUAAUCAA